UAGCGUUACCUCGGGCUGCCCAACGGUCGGAAACACGAAUUUCUUUAACCGUCCACCCCCGGCCGGUGGCUGCAGCAAUUUCGUACGUUGUCGUCUUCCCUCCUGCAACGUGUGUCUCCGGGCGCCGCGAUCGCGACAGCCAAGUGCGUCCCCUCUCCUUCAUGGCUGACCUGUGCCGCAGGCUGCCUUUGUUGCUGCUUGCCGCUGUACUGCUGCUUGCCGUUGUCGUCUUUCAUAUCUGCAUCCUCGGUCGCGUCCCAGGGAGGAAACAUAGGCGCCGAACGACGAAGGCGACCGGGAAGAUGGAGAAGGUGCAGACGAAGAGGACGAUGUCCGUAGGGGCUGGUGGGUCGUCACGUCAGCGUUGCAGCUCUGCGGAAGGCGGCAAGCGCCCGUACGACCCGACGCUGUACAGCCACCUGCCGUCCCACGAGAUUCCAUUGCCUCCGAGUGACGACGACAGCGACGAGCCUCGAUCAUCAACGGUUCCUCUGGGCAGCGGUUCGACGCAGGAUUGGAUGGGGAGCCAGCUCUUCGGUUUGAGGUCUGGGAGUGGCCAGGACGUCACGCACACCGUUCUCGUGAACCCGGGUUCUGCCAGCAACCACACAGCGCCUUCGGUGGGGCCGUGUGGCCUUCCUGACACCCGCGGCCGGGGUUGUGGUCAGUCGGGCGACGAACGUGGACUCGUUUCGCGAGGGCGGACAGCAGUGGACACAGCAGGUGUUCGUGCGGAGGGGACGAGGACAGGUGGAUCGACAACGGCAGGCGGCGCAGUCGACCGAGGAGGGGAUGACGCUGACGGCUACGUUGCAGAGGUCGCGGGGCGAGAGGUUUGGGAUGAUUACCGGCGACAAUCGCGACAAUCUAGCACGUCCGCCAUAACGAGAGGGGUGGCGAAGAUCAAUGUACGGGCGGACGACACACCCGACGAUUGCGACGGUGCGGGUGGUGAAGAUUUGUCGGCAGGCGACGGGGGCAACGACAACGACGAGGACGACGACGGAGAGAUGGAGAUUCGUCCGCUGGGGAAGAAACGGGGAGGGCCGAGGGUGACGAGCAAGUCCAGCGAGCCGCGCGCGGGGCGGAGAGGCAAGAAGACUGUGGGAGAUGCAUCGGCAGGCGACGAAGCGAAAAGCAAGGAUUUUUGGACCGUGGAACACGUGAUUGCUCUUGUCAGAGCUAAAAGAGACCAGGAUUUGCAUCUUGCUGGCCUCGGCCACAACAUGGGAAGGAUGAAAACGAAGACAUGGAAGUGGGCCGACAUCGAGAGCAGGCUCGUGCAGAUGGGGGUGACGACUAGAAAGGCUGAUGACUGCGGGAAAAAAUGGGACAACUUGUACAUGCAGUUCAAAAUUGUGCACAAGUUCAUGGGAGAAUCGGGGAAGCCUGAUUUCUUCUCACUGGCGCCGCGGAAGAGAAAGGAGCGGGGGUUCGAUUUUCGGAUGGACGAGCGUGUGUAUUCGGAGAUGAUAUCCAUGUCCAAGGGCGAUCACACUAAACACCCCACGAAUCUGGCGGACACGGGUGCGGCGGGAGGUGUUCAAUUGCCAGGCCGGAGUGGAGGUCGGAACGAAUCAGGCGGUAGUGACGGAUGCGGGGAUGGGCAGGACGACGAUCAAGGAUCGACGCGAAAUUCAAGUUUCAGCGGCGGUGUUGUGGGCGGGUGCGGCAAAAGRAAGAAUGUGAGACAACAGACCUUCGACACGAUGGCGGACGUCAUGAAGGACCACAGGAGUCUGAUGGCGACGACAGUGGACAGCGCGAGCAAGAGGCAGUGCUCAAUUCUGACUAGGCAAUGCGACAUUCUCGAGCGAGAGCUAGAAGUGCAGAAGGAGCACUACGUGAAGACGGACCAGGCGAACCUGUUGAUGUGCGACGCCCUUAUGGAGAUUGCUAAAGCGAUCCACUUCUUGCCAGAAGAAGUGGUGAUGGUGGACGCGCAAGGUACUUCAGCGGCGCCGCGAUUGGGUUUCGGGCGAGAUGGGUUGACGAGGGAACAAGUGUCCGCUGUGAAGCAGAGCAUUGCUGCUGGUGCUGCCGGGGCGUCACAAAGGACCCCGAAGGCGGCAGGGGUUGUCAUAACGGAGGUGCACGUCCCGAGGCAACUUCCCGCGGCGAGGGGGCUGGGCCAACCACGUCAGCCACUUCCACUGCAACAGCUGGGGGCUUCAAAGGGGGGGAAAGCACAGCCCGCGCAAAAGGGCGAUGCAACGGCGAUCGACACUCGGAGGGCGGCGGCGGAUCGCUGUGGUAGAACCGCAGUCGCCGAAGGUGCGGGCGAGGAGAGGGUAGACGACGUCCGCCACGACGAGGGAAGAAGAGACGGAAAGCGGGAGGGCGACGACGACGACGACCGUCCACUUGUGACGAGGUUGAAGGGAGCCGCAAAGGAGGAUGGUCUGGAGGAAAGAUCGAAGUUGUGGGUUGAUUGCGACUCUUUCGAGGGUCAGGGACCGGGGAAACCCUUGAGGGAGGCGGUUGGCGAGUGCGCGGACUACUUCGUCACAAUCGCCAAUGGAGACGUGGGAGCUGAACCGCCUGCGAUGCUCAUACUGCCGCCGAACGACGUGCCGCGCUUCAAGAUCGACGACCCUGCGCAGCGUGAACCAGCUCUGCGCAAAGCGCGCAACGUCGAGAAACUGGUGUUGCGCGCCAUCCACCGCUGAAUCUUCAAAUCAUCGUCGCGGUCGGCUGGAUUCGCUCGUGCAGAGUUGUACAUGAGUGUCGACAUUGCCACAGACGU